UCCGGUCACAAAAGACUUUUGAUUAGACUCAAGAUCGAUCAUGGCGGUCCCUAUGAGGUUUAUGCUUUUGGCAGGCGCGCUGAUGCUUCGUGUGCUUCCCGCCCAAAGUGAGAGCGAGGAUAGCACCUGUUCAGCGCAGGAUGUCGAUGCAGGCCGUUGCACCAUGGAAGAGCAACUGGUCGACUCGUUGGCCUCCGAACUGGAUGGCGUCGCCAAGGACAUCCAGAAGAUUUGCCCCCUCUACGAUUCACAAUUGACGCCUGUAGCGAUGUGGCUCCUGGGCAUUCUGAAACGGAUCACCGGGAGGAUGUCCAUGUUGUCCCUUUGGCCUUCAGGUGUUCAUCCCGAGACCUUUGCAGACGAGUACACGGUCUCGGUCAUGACGAUCAUUGGCCGAAUCCUCAUGGGCCUCUACAAGACACGAGACCACUCCUACGUCAACGUCCCCACGGAGAUGUUGUCGGCCGAUGACCUCCUCAAGAUGGAGAACAUCCACGCUCCGCACAUCGAUGUGGACGGCAAUCCGAACUUCUACUGGUUCGAGGCAGCGCUGCCUGGAUUCCUGCUGAGGCCAGAGACCAGGGAGUGGAGUUGGAGACUGCCAAGUGGUUUUGACUGCAGGUGAUGUCAUUAUUGUGAG